AUGGAGAUGUAUUCCAGGGUGGACGCGACAGGCACCCGUACCAGCAUUGUCAGGGAUUCAAGUGACGUCACCAAUCAACAACCCAGAAAUGGUCCUGCUCACCACUUUAAUUAUAGAAAUGCAACUGUGUCCACCAACACCAAGGCAAACCUUAAGACAUUGUUGCAUGAUGGAAUUAAGACAUCACCAUACUGGACCAAACCUAGUGAGAACGAAUUGGAGAGGGCUCUCGUUUUGGGUUCCAGGCGAAAUUUAUCUGGUUUCCUGACCAUAGGCAUUCCUUCAGUCCAAAGAGAAACGGAACACUAUCUAUCUCAAACACUUGAUUCACUGAUCAGCAAAUCAUCUCCAAAGGACCGAUCUGAUGUCGUCAUUGUCAUCCUCCUAGCUGACUUUGAGGAAGAGAAACGAUCUAACUUGAAGAAGAUGAUACAGGAAAAAUACUCGUCAUAUCUCGAAAAUGGAUUCAUGCAAGUUAUCCAGGUUCCCUUGUCAUUUUACCCUCCCUUGGAGAAUUUAAAAUCAAACUAUAAAGAUUCCGAGAAAAGAGUUUACUGGAGAUCCAAACAGUGUGUUGAUUUUGCUUUCAUGUUCUUUUAUGGCAGUAGCCUUUCAGAAUACUACCUUCAAAUAGAAGACGACGUGUAUACGGUCAAUGGAUAUCUUGCAGCUAUUCGUACUUAUAUCAGAGAGAAACGCAAUGACCAAUGGGCGUCUCUGGAAUUUUCGACCAUGGGUUUCAUUGGAAAACUCUUCCACUCAUAUGACCUGGAUAAGCUUGCCACACUUACAAUGAUAUUCUACGAGGAUCAACCUGUUGAUUGGAUCUUCAGAUACUUCAAAGAUUUAAACGGUCAACACAAGAACUACGUGCGAUAUCCUUCCAUUUUUCAGCACACAGGUUUUCAGUCGAGCCUGAAGGGAAAGGAUACAAAGAACUGGGUUGAUAAAACCUUUUUUGAUAGUAAUGAUACUAUCGAGACAGACACCUCUACUCCGGACAAUCCCCCGGGAACUGUGUAUAGUAACAUAAAGGCAUUUGAAAAGUACCUUCCGCAACUGAGCUACAAGAAUACAACCGAUUUCUUCUGGGGGAAGAACCCUAAAAAGAACGAUGCUGUAGUUCUUGUAUUUGAUCAGCCAACCCGAAUAUCUCGCCUGGUCAUAGCAACUGGAUCCAGUCAGCAUCCGGCUGAUAGAUUAAUAACAGCUACUGUUGAACUGAGUACAGAACUUAUUAAAAGCGGCAGCGCAACUGCCCUACCGAAAUGCAGCGCUUUCGUGGAAGUUGGUCGAUUCUCCGACGGCCGUGUCGAUUUAGAACUUCGAAAAACGUUCCCAUCUAUUGUCGCAUGUCUUCGGAUUCUUGUUAAAGAUUCUCAGAAACAAUGGGCAGUUAUUCAACAAAUCAGAAUAUGGGUACCUCAUUAAUUGAAAAGAGAGACGAAUGGUUUAAAUGGCUUGGAUUAAAAGAAAACAGACCUAAUGUUGUAAGGGAUCAGUCGACAGGCGCAGGCCAAACCACUAUGUGCCUUUGACCUUCCAAGAGCCUGAAGUGCCUUUCCUCGCGAUUCGACAGAUAGCAGUGCUGUAUACAUUAAAAAUAUACAUAGCUAUACCGAAAGUAUUGGCAAAAUUUCAAAAAUACGUACCUCGGGGCACUAUGUUUUGGGCAAAUGAGAUAGAUAAACCUAUACCACAAUGAAGUGAUGUAGGAAGCUUAUACCUAUUAGUGCAUUAUUUAACAUCCACUAGGCAGACGUAUUCUGUAACGUUCAGAAUCUAUUGAAAAUGCCCGCCAAAUCCCAAUGGACAGAUUAGAGGUCAUUGUCGAAAGUUGGUGGACUGGAACAGCACAUUGUAUUGAAAUCUGGACCGGACGAAAUAUUGCAAAAAUGUUUGAUUGGUCCAUGUAGUCCAUGACGACACAGCUGUUUUGAUUCACCGAUUUUCGACCAACACUGCUGUGUUAUGAAGGGCUUUUGACAAAAGAUAAUCAGCGUUAUAGACAGCGUCUCCAACGUGAUUACUUGCUAAAAUACCCUGUACGUGGAGGGGCCAAGGAACGGUUUUGAAAGUACAUGGGGGAGGGGGUGGGGG